UUUGUCUCUUAUCUGAUGAAGAUGAGGCAUUUGGAUUUCUUGUGCUUUUUUGGCCCUUCACUUAGAUAUCUAUUGGAUAACACUCCCUCUCUUUACUUCUUUUGCUCUUUACAUAUAUAAAUGUCACCUUACAAUUUGCCCGAUCGUUUUUUGUCUUUUAAAAUCUUUCGGAUUUCUCUUAUUUUGUCGCAUUGAUCGGAACCAAAUAAAAAUAAUUGAAGAAUGUGUGAUCACCACCAUGAUCUUCUUCCUUGUUUGCAUUGCCACCCACACAGAUACAUCACAAUGGUUCAUCAUCUUAUAGAGAGAUGCUUAAUCCUUCACAUGAGUAGAGAUCAAUGUGUGAAGGCAUUAGCAGAACAUGCCACCAUUCCUCCUCUGGUUACAAUUACAGUGUGGAGAGAGCUUCAGAAAGAAAAUAGCGGCUUCUUUCGAGCAUAUUAUAAGAAUCUAAUAUAAAUAUAGAAUUUCGAAAUUUCAAUAGAAACAAAAUAAUAUUGAAAAGUAAGGCUAA